AUGCUAAUCCGGUCCGUCGCCCACAGUCUCAUCCCCCACGAGGUCCUUCGUCCAGUCCUCUCCUUCGCCUCCCGCUUCCUCUCCUCCCGCUUCUCCAAUACCCUAACCCUCGUCGUCGAAGAAAACGGCUUCAUCCGCGACGAGCUCUACGACGCAGCCGAGAUCUACCUCCGAACCAAAAUCGGCCCCGCCGUCGGCCGCCUCAGGAUCCGCAAAACCCACAAGCAGAAGGAGUUCACCCUCUCCCUCCUCAACGACGAGGAGAUCGUCGACCGCUACGACGGUUUCGAUGUUCGAUGGAAAUACAUCUGCGUUCGCAGCAGCAACUGUCCAACCAGGGAGGAGAAAUCGUUUCAGCUCACCUUCCCCAAGAAAUUGAAGGAGAGAGUGAUUGGUUCCUACCUUCCCUACGUCUUGGCCAGAGGGGAAGAAAUCAGGGAAGAGAAGAGAGCCGUGAGGAUUUACAGCACGGAUUGCCCUGAUAAGCAAGGCGCAUAUUGGGGAUCUGUGAUUCUUCAACACCCAGCGAGCUUCGACACCCUCGCGCUGGAUUCCGAUUUGAAGAGGAUGAUAAUUGGGGAUCUGGAGAAAUUCGUGGAGAGGAAGGAGUUCUACAAGAAAGUGGGCCGAGCUUGGAAGCGCGGGUACCUGCUCUACGGCCCGCCCGGAACUGGGAAAUCGACCCUGAUUGCCGCGAUGGCGAAUUACCUGAAAUUCGACAUCUACGAUUUGGAGCUCAGCAGCGUGUAUUCGAACUCAGAUCUGAAAAGGGUUUUGCUAUCCACCUCGAAUCGUUCGAUUCUGGUGAUUGAAGACAUCGAUUGCAGCUCCUCCAAGGUUCACGUUCGGCAGGAUGACGGCGGGGACGAUGACGGCGGCGGCGGCGGCUACAUUGGGUACUACCAAGGUCAGGAAUUGGAGCCCAGGCUGACGCUGUCGGGGAUCUUGAAUUUCAUUGACGGGUUGUGGUCGAGCUGCGGGGACGAGAGGAUAAUUGUGUUCACGACCAAUCACAAGGAGCGCCUGGAUCCUGCUCUGCUUCGGCCGGGGAGGAUGGACGUUCAUAUCAACUUAUCGUAUUGCACCCCUGAAGCUUUUGCCAUUCUGGCGUCGAACUACCUCAACGUUGACGACGGGAGCCACCGGCUGUACGGUGAGAUAGAGGAGUUGAUAAGGAGCGUGGAUGUGACGCCGGCGGAGGUGACGGAGGAGCUUAUAAAGAACGAGGAUGUUGAUUUGGCUUUUGAAGGGGUUAUUGAUCUUCUGAGGAAGAGGAAAACAGGGGCAGUGGUUGAAGAGGAAGAAAGUGUACAGCGUCUAAAUGGCGAAUCCAGUUUUGAUAAUAAGGAUGUGGUGAAUUGA